AGUUAAAACUGCUGUAUGAUGUUUCCACGAAAAAUGCAUUGCGAAUCAAACAGGGCAAACGCGUACAUGUGGUUGCGUUUGCCAUUGCCCUCCAACUAUGAUGUUGCGCUUCUCUUGCGGCUAGGGUCCCGGGUGCUAAUCGUGUGGACCAAACAGGCACUUCUGAGCUCCCAUAAAGGCCUCGGGAGGCGUCCUAGAGGUCGCCUCGUCGGGCUCGUAGGCAGGCUCGUUGUUUCGGACAAAAACGCAAAUGUGCAUCUCGCAGUGGACCCCCUCAAGAAGGGGCUGGAUUGUUGGAAAGCAGAGCGGAUCGUUCGACACGGUGUGACUCCCAGUACCGCCACACCAGUGCAGAUCCUUCAUCACCUGCGGGACGAUGUGGGUCCGGAAUCGGUUGGCCUCGCUGUGAGGCUGGACGUCUUCCACCACCAGAAUGCCACCGGGUUGGAUACGGGGAAACCAGAAAAAUAGCGUCGCCGCCAUUUGGUCGUGGAGGUGGGCCCCAUCAUCGACGACGGCCAUCAGUGGGGGAGCAUCUGGGCGAUUCAUAUAAGUAUCCCAUUUCUCCUUCAAAAAAUUGUAGUCACUGGCAUCCCCGCAGUGCAACCGGUUGGAGCUUCUCAGAUCUUUGUACCAACGAUGUUUCUCUGCAAAGUUCCCCCAGGGCCAUUUUCCUUCUGCACGGGGUCCGGGCUCGAUGCAGGAUAUCUCCAUUGAGUGUUUUUCAGCGGUCGGCAAAAAGUUUGAAAAUGCCUCAAAGCCCUUACCUUGGAAGUAGCCAAUCUCCAGAAACUGAAUGGGCUUGGCAUCCGGGGUUGAGUACUCCCCAAGCCACCGAUUGUAUAUCGUGUCGUAGAAGUGGCCCCAGGAGCGACAGGAAGGGCGCUCGGCGCCACCGUGGAGGCACUCAGAAUUGUCUCCAAGGCACCUGGGCAACGUUUUGUACCCCAUCACCUUGUCCGUGCCCGUUUGAUCAGCGACGUCUCGAAAGUCUUGCUGCGCUGCCCGUCGGUCUUCCUGGACGGUGGUAGCGGCGGUGGAGGAAGAAGUGGUCAUCCCCAACAUGUCGGAAAAACCAACAAUUUCCUCGACGAUAGCUUCCCCCUUGAGGUAGGUUUCGGUGUGCAAUCGUCCUCCCCGAGAAUGAUGAACGGCAAUAGCAAUCACGGUGGCGAUCGGCAUGAUCGUGCAGAAGAUCCGCCGGUAGGUUCUCGCUUGGAAGCUCUCGCCUUUUCGUCUAGGGGACUCCAUGUCGUCCUUUGUGUAUUUUAUCUUGCUUUAUUCUGAUUGUUUGCUAUCCGUUUUGGCAAUUCGAAGGAUGCGAAGAUCGACAAUCGACGGAGUUGCGACAGCGAUGAAGAAAUGGAACGGGAUUGUGGGAGGCUGAUGGAGCAACGAAGAACUGUUGUUCGGCACCUCUAUGGAAUUGUUGAGAGACAUUCGUGAACUGCCUCCCCUAUCGGAGAAAUCCACACAACAUCCACAGUCUAGACCUGCAUCAAGAUUUCUCGAUUACAAUUACUAUUACACUUUGCGAGAAUGUCUGGGGGAAUAUUGUCGUAACGGUCAAAUCGUUAAAAAAGCGUUAGAAAUUGGCAUUUUUGUGUUAGAUUUCACUUUCGCUCGUAUCGAUUCAUGUACUGGUACGAGUACAUAGGGUACCGUACUUUCUGUAAUAGAAGUAGAAGUACUUCUUACAGUAGGAUACAGAACGAAAGGAACAGAAUAAGGUACGUACGUACGUUUCCUGGGUUACCGUAUGUACGGCAGGGGUCUAAAUUAUGACCCCUGAUGCAGGGGUCAUAAUUUAGAGGGGUGCGCGUCGCAUCGAAAACUCAUAUUCCAUGUGUGUCCGAAAUUGAAAAAUGUCACCCCAGGAUUUUUUGACAACUCAAUUUUUACUGCAUAUCACUGCUAAAAGUGUACCUGAAAGACCCCCUACACAGGAACACUUCCAAACACUCUCUGAUUUUCAAACUUCGUAUGCACGUCUCUCAUAUAGUUGAGAGUCAAGUAGUAAGUGUUUGUCAUAUUUUAAUGCUGUCUGUGGUUCAAAAUUUUAAGU